CGAGAUUGUUAUGCGGUCAAUAACCGGGCCUCUUCAUACCUCGAUAGGGAUGUGCAGCAGUGUAUUCUAUGGCAGCUGUUUGAAAUGUAUGGAAAUGUAUUGUUGCAUAUCGUGAACAGUGUCUGCUGAAGAUUUAAUUGUUAUAAAUUAAGAAAGAAAGGAGUAUGGAGAAUGAUGAACUUUCGUCAGCGGAUGGGAUGGAUCGGUGUGGGGCUGUACCUGCUGGCUAGCGUUGCUGCAGUUUACUACGUCUUCGAGAUUAACCAGACGUAUAACCGGCUCACCCUAGAGCACAUCAAGCAGACUCCUGAGGAGCCCCAGCCUGGGGAAUCCUCGUGGGCUCACAGCCUGAAGAGCCGUCUGCUCUCCUUCCCCUUCUGGUUAUGGGCCACCAUUUUCCUAAUCCCCUACCUCCAGGUCUUUCUGUUCCUGUACUCCUGCACUCGAGCUGACCCCAAAACAAUAGGCUACUGCAUCCUCCCCAUCUGUUUAGCCGUCAUCUGCAACCGACAUCAGACAUUUGCCAAGGCCUCAAAUCAGAUCAGCAGGUUUCAGCUGAUUGAUACGUGAAAUAAAUCAUUAAAAAAAAAAAAACGACGACCAGUGAAGGAUUCUGGCACUUGAGAAAAUCAACACCAUGCUUAAAGGUCUAUUGCAGUUACAUUCUUGGAUUAUGGUGUGCUCUAACUUCUGGAAGACCAGUGUUGACUUUUGAAGGCCAAUGAGCCAACUAGUGAAACUGCUUGGGAGAGGGAAGGGGAUUUAAAUAUAUAUAUAUAUAUAUAUAUGUAAGGGGGAAGGGGUUACAUCUUGUUCUCUGUAGUACCCACACUGAAACAUGACAGGAAAUGGAACACAGUUAUAACAGGUCCAGAAUUUAAAAGCAUAUUGAGCCUGAGAUAACUACUUACUAUCCACCAAUUGAAGGUACUUUUGUAUUGUAUGUUACAGCAACAGUGGAAAUCAUUGUUAACUUGUCUUAUGUUAAAUUACCUGCACACUCCAAGCAUCACCUUACUUCUUUCCCUUUUUUAUGAUUCAAAUUUUUCGGAGCCUUUAAAAACUAAAAAAAAGGUUUUUUUUGGAUGAUCCAAGAUAAAGGAGACACUGUCUAACCCACCAGUGUUAUUGAUACAAUGUAAAGCAAAUUUAAAGUGAGGAAUCUGAUCACAAAGCUUGAGCAGUCUACUAGCCACACUGCAGUGUACAGUGCCAUAACCACUAAGCACAGACUCCCCAGGAUCUCUGCUUUUAUUAAGCCUUAUGUUUAUUUUGUGCUACAUUUACUAAGCUUUUUGUGCAUCAUGCUCUUUCAGGUUAAAUAGUUUUCAGCAAAAAAAUGCUUUUUAAUGAAACAUUUAAAUGAUUUCCCACAGCAUCAUUUUAUUCUACUUCAUAAAGGCAAAUUAGCCUAGUAGCAAUUCAUUUUGAAAGGCAAUUUACGUUGCUACUGUAUUUUAGUUCAAGAAUAGAAUUUGAGAUUUAAAAUUGAUAAAGCAGUUCAUUUUUUUUUUAGAAAAAAUUAUACACUGAACUAUUUAUUCAUUAUGACCUCUUGAAACUGUGCUUACAUUGUUAAUAUGAAAAGUGGAUAACAUUUGUCAUUAAAGGAUUAUGAAUAUUUCUAUCACUGUCAGUGUUAACUCACCGCUCAACAAUUUAGAUUUUAUCCAGACGGUAGUGUAUAAUAUGGUAAAAAAAAACAAAAAAAAAACAUAACCAUGUUUCUUUUUCAAAUUAAGUAAGUUUCAUAUUGUUAGCCUCUCUUUUCUGAUUGCAUUGCAUUGGCAGAGAAUGGUGACACAUUUUGUAAAAGGGUGUUUUAUCUGUUGAAUAGUAGGGUAUGGGCAUUCUACAUGCUUGUUUUCACAACUGCAUUCAAACACAGGGACAACUUGUGGUAUCAUUAAAGGCAAAAGCCAGGUUUAAACCCUCAGUAGUGUUCAUGUGAAAGCAUCAAUGUGUAUUUACUUUUUAAAUUUACAGUCAUGUUUGAAAAAAUCUACAUUCUCUUUUCUCCUCCUAUUUUACAAUACUAAAAGCAUGAAUGUAUUAAAAUGUAUUACCAGUAAAGCAGAGCUAUGAUAGUUGUUGUUGUUGCUCAUUGGGUAAGGUUUCUUAGACAUAUGCAUGAAAUUCUGAAUUAGCUUUUUUAUGUCUAGUAUUCUUAGGUGAUACUGUUCCUGCUAUAAUAAUUGGUAUAGUGGCUGAUUUUUUCAGUCCCCUGAUUCAGACUUAGAUAAUGAUUGUAUCCAAUUCUUGUGAUUUAAGGCACAUGCACUACCAAGCAAGCUACUGACUGUUAACCAAGGAUGUAUAGUUCCCUGAGCACGUGAUCAAGGCUGUAUUCCAAAGAUAAUGUGUUUCAUCUUAUAGUACCACAUACAACCUGCUAUUUGCCUUUGGAGAUAUUGCCCUUGUUUGGUUGGGGGUGGAGGUUUACUGUGGGUUUUAAAGGAAAACACUUUACCGUUUUGAUGCAGUUUAUUAUGGAAUGUCCAAUUGAAAUCAAACUUCUCUUAAGACUUUUAGAAAAAGGGUUACCAUCAGUGUUCAUGAUGAUAAAAAUAUUAAUUUUGGGGAACUUUGUUUUCUGCCCUUUAAAAAUAAUUGCACUGUGAUCAAAUAAAACUGCUUGGAUUUCUUUUUAUAAUAAUAAUAAUAAAAGUUUCAGAAGUUUA